AGCUGUUUCGCCAGCCCUCCGCAUCUCUGACCAGUUCAUACCCCAGCACGAAAUUGGCACCAUGGCAGAUCCCAUAGACAGCGCUCUCGACCUGCUCCGGCGGCUCAACCCCAAGGACGUCAAGCGGAACGUCGACCACAUCAUCGAAUUAAACCCCUCACUCGAAGAAGACCUCCUCGAAUCCGUUGAUAUCCCGCUUACCGUGAAGAAAUGCUCCAAAACGAAGCGCGACUUCUUGUGCUGCGACUACAACCGCGACGGCGAUAGCUGGCGGAGUCCUUGGAGCAAUGAGUUUGAGCCGCCCAUUGAGGAGGGCGUGACGCCGAGCGAUCGGAUUAGGAAAAUGGAGAUCAAGGCCAACGAGGCGUUUGACGUAUACAGGGAGCUAUACUUUGAGGGCGGUAUAUCGAGCGUUUACCUCUGGGAUAUGGACGAUGGAUUCGCUGGCUGUGUGCUACUCAAGAAAUCCGUAUCCCCCACACCGAAGAGCUCCGGCAGCUGGGACAGCAUUCACGUUUUCGACGCCCAAGACCGCGCCCGCACUGCCCACUACAAACUCACCUCUACCGUCAUCCUCUCACUCGGCACCGACUCCGAAGCGCUCGGCGGGCUCGACCUCUCCGGCAACAUGGUACGCCAAGUGGAGCAGGACAUGGCCGUCGAAGACGACACGUCCCACGUCGCCAACAUCGGCAAAAUGGUUGAGGAUAUGGAGCUCAAGAUGCGGAAUCUGCUUCAGGAGGUGUACUUUGGCAAGGCGAAAGACGUCGUAGGCGACCUGCGAAGUAUCCCGCCGCUCAGUCAGACGAAUAGGGACAGGGCGACGCAGAAGGAGAUGAUCAGCAGCAUGGGAAGGUGAGAGGCGACAACCUACCCAGGCGGCACGAUGUAGACCCAAACACGAAUCAAACAACUUUCGGCAUCGACGGCAUGCUCGAGACUUCAAC